GACUGGCAUGCACGCACUGGUCCAUCAGACGAACAUGUUCUAAGAAAGUUCGGCCUUGAUCGACGUUGCGAAAAUGGCGAACCCGUAGUCACAUUUGCUGACCUUAACUUGCUGGUAGUGGCCAACACUCGUUUUCAGCACCCCAGAAAACACCUACUUACGUGGUACUCAAAUGAUGUUCGAACGGCACACCAAAUUGAUUAUAGUUUGGCACGUGCUCGCUGGGCCUCUUCGGUGGAAGACCGCCAUUCUUAUCGCGGCGCUGAAGCUGGAAACAAGAACGACAAGGACCAUAUCCUUGUACGCGCCCGCAUCAAGAUCCACCUAACUGCUCACUGGAAGACUCGUCUCCUGGACAAAAUCAACGUCGCGCUCUUGGAACGACCUGAGAGAAGACUAUCGCUGAUGGACGCAACCGCUUCCAACAUAGCCGCAACUUUCUUCGAUGACUCAACUGUUGACGCACAGUGGUCCACACUAAAAUCGUCCAUCAGAAGCGGCGCUGGAGCAGUUAGUUCUCCUGAAUUUCGUAUUCUCCGUCGCCAGGCCAUACGCCCGGCCAAGAGAGACCGUAAACAAUACUGGAAGGCGAUUGCAGACAAAAUGGAGACAGCAACCGUCGCAGCGCAUUUUGGAAAGCUAUUCCGUCUAAUCCGUGUCGCAGCAGGAAAGAAGCAGACAUCGGAACCUCUGUUGCGCAGCACCACAGGCCAACUUAUUCAAGGAACUGAUCGAAAAUGCAAAGGUACGGGAGAGUCCGGCAAAAGUACAUUCAUCAAACAAAUGCGUAUUAUUCAUGGUGCGGGGUACUCGGACGAAGAGAGGCGCACGUUCAUCAAACUUGUGUACCAGAAUAUCUAUAUGGCCAUGUUUACCAUGAUCCGCGCUAUGGAAAGCCUUCGGAUUGCAUAUGAAAACCCAGCGAAUCAGGCACACGCUGAGGCUAUUCGGGAAGUUGAUUACGAAUCUGUUACCACAAUGGACCCACAGCACGUAGUUGCUAUCAAGUCCUUGUGGGAAGACCCAGGGAUCACCGAGUGCUACGAUCGCAGAAGGGAAUAUCAACUGACUGAUUCAGCUAAGUAG